UUCGAGCUAGCGACGGCGGAACAGGGUCUCUCGAGGCGCCAAAGGUACAUCGAAACAGUCGUCACAAUUCUUUUCUGAUUUCGGACGGAUAGCAGGAGGGAAAAGCACCGAUAGACCCAGUCUUUCACGUCUACGUUCACGUCGUGAGGUUUUGGCUGGCAUCCACCCGAAUUUCUCAAACAUCCACAUCUGUGACGACGCAGACGAGGCUGGGAAAGCCUUUGGAGGUCGUUACGACCUAGGUUCAUGUCUGCUGCAGAGACAUCUACCGCCAAUCGGGUCGGGGUGGGAACCCAGGGCAGCGGUACCUCGGAAGCGUCAUCUUCCAUGGGACAUCAUCAGCAGGGAACGAGCAGUGGAGGGAGCGGGACGGGCGUCGGUAGUGGCGGUGGAGGAGGGGGCGGCGCAUCCGCGCAGGAGUCACGGUCAGCAACGCCAGGCGCCCACGCAGAAAUGAUGAGGACGGGUCAUCCAAAUCAAAAUCUGAAUCGAGAUGGUUGGGGUUCCUCGAGAGAAUGGAGAGACAUCGAUGCUCGGUCAGCGCCCUUUCAACAUUCGGAGGGCUCAAAACAAGGGCCGUCGUCACAUCCGGUGUUUGGCAACUUCCAGCCGUCGCCUCCGAAGCAGUCGACUAUGUCUUCAGCUGGUGCAGGAGGCGAUGGAACCCCUGCCCUGGCCGCUCCGAGAGCUGUUCCACCGUACCCACGCUUCACCUCCCCUCAGCCGCAAGAGGGGAAUGGCGCAGCAGCACGGUCACCUUCACCGAGCAAGCACCAAACAACCUUUGCUUUUGGCGGGGAUGCAAGGGAGAGAUGGGCCAGCAUUGGUCAGGCAUCGGCCCAAGCGCAGCAAGGGAGUGCAUUGUCGCAACAAGGAGCCGGCCCUCCAGUGACAGAUGGGCAGAGAAAGCAACAAGGUUUCGCUCCAGAUUCUUUCCUCGGUUUCAAUGACAUUUGGGGGCCUGGAGCCAAGCAGUCUGCGGACCGAACACAACAGCAGCAGCAGCAGCAGCAGCAGCAGCAGCAGCAGCAAGGUCAGCAACAGCAACAAUCCCAACAACAACAACAACAACAACAACAACAGCAGCAGCAGCAGCAGCACCAACAAGCGCAACAAGCUGGGGGCGGUGGGAAUGGGUCAAGCUCCAGUUCUGCCCUGUUAUCGACCUCGGAUCCCUCGAGCGUGGGCCACGGAUCGAGUUCACAUGCAUCACGAGCAUUCUCUUUGCCUUCGUCGCAUCCAGACGUAGAGCAGCUCAACACGCGAUUCGAUCCAAACUUCCCGGGCAGGGGAGAAGAUGGCCCCUUCAGUGCCAUGCCGAAUGGGAGCGGCGCGGGAGGAAGGGGAGGUGAAGAUCGUUUCCCCUUCAGUGUGCCUUCCAACAUGUCGGGUGUUCCUGCAUCAGGAAGUCUCAGUCCUCGCAGCCUGCUCCACUACCAUCAGCAACAAUUACAAGCCCAGCAGGCGCUUGCCGUUCAGGCAGCGCAGCAAGGGGGCCCACCGCUCCAGAGCGGCCAAGGAGGAAGCAUGAUGGGAGGAGGAGGCCCGCCUUCGGAAGAGAUCACCACCGUCUUCAUCGUUGGUUUCCCCGACGACAUGACCGAGCGAGAGUUUGCCAACAUGUUCCUCUUCGCGCGCGGUUUCGAAGCCUCGACGCUCAAGAUUCCGGCCGGCGGUCUGCCAGGCGGUCCAGGCAGUCAAGGCGGCCCUGGUCACCGACCCGAAAACGGGCCGCUGUCCGGCGGACCUGGUGGGCCAUACAAUGCAGUCAACCUGCCCGGUGCCGGUCUCUUUGACUUGGCCGGUAAUGGUCCGCCAGGAGGCUGGGACGAGCACAGUCUCUCUAUGGCUCUAUCGCGAUCAGGAAACAACGACGGCUACUCUUCGCUCAACAAUCUGGGUGGCCUGUCCGGUGCCCUUCAAAAUAUUGGCAAUCCUUCCUCAAUAGGUGGCCCAGGUGGUCCAGGCGGCAAAAUCAAGCAAAUCAUUGGCUUUGCUAAAUUCAGGACCCGAGGCGAAGCAUUGGAAGCUAGAGACGCCCUCAACGGCCGCAAAAUUGACGCCGAGCGCGGUUGUGUGCUCAAGACAGAGAUGGCGAAGAAGAACCUUCACACGAAGCAAAGGCCUGUCUUGUCAAACACCAACCCGGAAGGCGCCGUCUUCGGCGGGCCUCCUGCUCCUGGAGCUGGCCAGGCACCGCCACCACCGCCACCACCUCCUGGUGGCCCACACUCUGCUGGUCCUGGAGGAUUCGGAGGUAUGCCACCUGGACUUGGCGGGGGACCCGGCGGCAUGGGCGAGCGGGAGGCGCCCUUUAACAGAGGGCGUAUGGAAGGACCAGCACCAAGUGGGGCAGGAGGCGGGCCACCUGGGUUCAUGCCAGGAUUCGGCGGCACUCAAGGUCAGGCUGGUCCCCCACCUCCACCGCACGCCAACUUCGAUCCUUUCCAGCCAGGGGGUCCUGGCAUGGUAGGACCAAACGGAAUGAUGUCCCCUACGGAAUAUGGCGGCCGUGGCCCACCACCCCCUGGUCAUGGUGGAGGAAAUGGCGACUUCUUUGGCUCGAGACCUGGUGCUCAAGGUGGCAGUGGACAUCGCUUCGCCCAGGAAGGCUCUCAAGGGUCGGAACCGGGAGCCUCGAGAGGGGAAGGAAAGUGGCCAGUAUCGAUGGGACCACUUGAUUUUUACGAUGGACCCCAAAAUCAUCAGCAACAGCCUCAACAGGGCAGCCAACCAAGAGGCCAGCCCUCUCAGCAUCAACAACAGCAACAGCAACAGCACCAGCAACAGCAGUCGCAACAGCAACAACAGGGGGGUCUGCCCUCCGGCACCUUUCAACCAGGGAGCCAAGGCUCGUCAGCGCCCCGCGGUCCUGACUGGAGCGCUCUGGGAUCACCGCCAGGUCUCUACGCCUCUGCACGACCCUUGAAUCAGGAAGUCGGAAGUCAAAAAGGAAGCAGCAGCGGCGCACUGAGUCCGUUUGCGGAGCAACCCCCGUCAAGAUACCCAGGCGGUGGGGGCAGUCAAACGAGAGGAAAUGUUGGUGGAGGGGGUUCCCAGGAGGAUUUUGGGAAAGGGGAGUCGACGGCAACAGGUCAGCUUUACAGCCACCAGUCGCCGCCCAAAACAGGGUCUGAGACCAAAGAGACCAGCGGAGCAAUGACGCGAGUAUCGCAGGGUGGUCCCGAUGUGGGCGAGGACAGUGUCCUUCCUCGUCAUCAUCGCGAUCCCUCGCCAGGUGCUCGUGCUGCACAACAGCAGCAGCAACAACUACAACCACAGACGACGUCUUCGAGGCCACAUUCACGAGCCACCUCGCCCGUCGCUACGGCGCCCAAUUCCUCGGUUGCUCAACGCUUUGGCUCGCUCAGAAUCGACUCCCCCCAAUCUCAGCCGUCUUCCAACAUCAAUUCUCAUCAACAACAGCUCUCCAACCUUCAACAAACGUCGAGCAGCAGCAGCAGCCAUCACAGCAACAAUCAAUCAACUCUGCAGCAACUUCAGCGUUCUCUCUCUCCUCCUCUUCUCUCGCCAGCUGAUGGCGGGAGCUUUUCUGGCCCUCUUUGGUUGCGUGGUCAGAGCAGCGCUCACAAUCGCGCCAACAGCCCAGUGAGCCCUCGGCCCUUUUCGCCGGGUUCAGAGAGCCUGCCGAGUCCGACGAGCAGGAGCUUCUCAAUCGAUCAGAAUCCGCCGGGCAACACGCUCUUUGUCGGCAAUCUUCCCGGCAGUGUCACGUCGCCCCCCGCUACGACGCAGCUCGAAGAGGCCUUGUAUCGAAUCUUUUCCAGCCGAAAGGGUUUCCGCCAAAUGAGCUUCCGCGUGAAAGCGUCAGGACCUAUGUGCUUCAUCGAAUUUGACGACGUUGGUUGCGCAGGUCGCGCCCUUGGCGAAGUUAAUGGCGACACCCUCGACGGUCUACUUAAGAAUGGUGGCUUGCGUUUGAGCUUCAGCAAGAAUCCCCUCUUUCGCAGCACCCUCAACUCAGGUAGCAACAGUCCAAACAUUGCUUCGUCCAACGAGAAGCGCUUCAGCCCGCCACAGUCUUCGGUGAGAUCAACGCAGAGACAAUGUCGGAGAUGCUCUACUCACCAAUUCCCCUUUCUCCCUUCUCAAUAAGUCUAGCAAAGCCCCGAAGGUGACGAGCGCCCUUCUCGAUCUCGACAUGCUCAGCGGGAUUGAAGACACCGCUUACAAACAGGGCUUUGACGAUGGUCACUCGCACGGGCAACUACACGGAACCUUUGAAGGUCGUGAAUUAGGCCGUCAAAAAGGCUUCGAAGUCUGGGAAGAGGUC